AUGUAUAUAGGGAUAGGGGAUUGGAGAGUAGCGGCUCCAUGGGCCAUCUGUCUCAGCGGCAGCGGCAACAAAGACGCCAGGAUGGUGCUGAUGCACGUCGGAUAUCUCGUCUUCCCAGUUUUUGGGUCUGUGAGCAACAGAGGUCCACCUUUUCCAAGGCCACAGUCUUCUCAAGCCACUUCCUGCAGACAGCUUCACGUCACUCAUCAGCACGAGUUUCCUCGACCUUACUCUGUCUCGUCACAACCAGCCCUGAGUGCCCAGGUGACCUCAUCGCACCAGGCCUCCACUUCUUCUCUGCCACUGCACCAGACUUUGACAAGCCCUCAGUUCCAAGAUCUGCCUGCCUUCUUAUCUCAGCCGCUACACCAGCAGUACCUCCUGCACCAGCAGGGAAGGCUGAUGGCAUUCCCCAGGCGGGCACAGGAAAGGGCACCUCCUUACCCUCACCGCCUUCGGCCGGCCUAUGACUUCACCAACCAUUCUGCUUCGGGAGUGGGAACGCAGACCGGAUACCUGACUGAAGGCACUGAAUGGGACGUCAGUGCAGAGGCUGGAAUACCCCACGUUCAGUACCAGCUCCUUCCAGUGCACCGUCUGCACCAUUACUUAGCAACGCCUAGGAUACAUCACAUAUCCAGAAGUAUAUCUUCCAGCUCAGUGAUUAUUCCCGAGGUGAGGAAUUAUUCUUAUCCACAUCUUCACCUGCUUACGCUCCAAGGAUUGAAUGCAGGACAACAGAUUCCAGCUGUCAGAGAAAGUUAUGAGGAGCUGUUGCAGCUCGAGGACAGGCUCGGGACUGCGAGCCGGGCGAGCAUGCAGAAUACGAUUGAGAGAUGCACCUUGCCACACAAAUACAGGAAGAGAAUACAACAGGAUAUCAAAGAAGGUAAAAAGGAAGAAGAGGAAAUGGACUUCGAUGAGAAAUGCACGAUUUGCCUCUGUAUGUUGGAGGAGGGAGAAGAUGUUAGGCGCCUCCCUUGCAUGCACCUGUUCCACCAAGUCUGCGUAGACCAAUGGCUGACCACCAGCAAGAAGUGUCCAAUGUGCCGAGUGGAUAUCCAAGCACAGCUCUUUCCAGACAGCUGA